GAUCCGAGCGAUAUUAUGGAGGAGAUUAAGAGGGUGCUGGACAGCCAUCAGUGCGAGUAUGAAGUUAGAGAUAGAUUCCUCUACUUCUGUACUACGUUGGAGCCGCUAACGAACGUCGACGCGCUGGUGCAGUGGGAGAUGGAGGUCUGCAAGUUGCCCCGACUCUCACUCAACGGUGUCAGAAUGAGACGGAUAGCCGGUUCCUCUUCGGCAUACAAAACAGUUGCUUCCAGGAUAUCCAAUGAUUUGAAAUUGUAA